CUCUUGUAUGCAACCGUACCUUCUGGAAGCUUCUUUAUCCGGCUCCUCGCUAAUUUCUGCCGUAGCUUUUUAAAUAUGGAUGCUCAAUCGGAGUUACAAUCUGUAGGUGGCCAGUUGAUGCCAUCCCUUCAUCGGCAUGCACGUGUUCAGGUGGCUAAUCUGAUGCCAGUACUUUUCAACGGGCUGGGCUCCCACAUCACGAUGAUUCCCCAGAAGAAUCUCACAGUGUAUCUGAAGGUUUGCGUCUCCAGUUUUUUGUGCACGGCGAUCCACUUACUAAUUAAAUCAGAUUGGAUGGUCCAAUCCCUUGGUUUACACCAGCUGCAUCGCCUUUAUUAAACUAUCCGUCCUCGCCCUUUAUAAGCGCUUGUUCUCCACUCCGCGUAUGAUUCUCGCCGCCAAUAUCGUCGCCGGUUUCGUCAUCCUCUGGGCCCUGACCGUUUGUGUGGUGGGGAUCUUGUUGUGUCUUCCGGUCAACAAGUUUUGGGACCCAACGGUGCCCGGAUCCUGUCUCGACUCCGCCCAAUAUUACUAUGGCCAGCAAAUCCCCAACAUCUUGACCGAUGUGGUUCUUCUCAUCAUGCCCUUGAAAUGCGUAUGGGCACUGCCAAUCUCUAGGACCCAGAGAGUGCUGCUCUCCGGGGUGUUUGUCACUGGUGGUUUAACCCUGAUUUUCGACAUCGUCCGCCUCGUCGCCAUGAUCAACCUUACACGCUCCGGUCCUGACGUUACGUGUAAGUAUCCACAGUUAAACCAGCCACGGUCAUAUCCACCUGAAUCUUUGCUCACCACUCGACCAAUAACAGACAACCAAGUUCCCGUCGUGGUAUGGACAUGCAUCGAAGCAACCGUGGGGAUUAUCGCCGCCUGCCUCCCUAACCUCAAACCACUCUUCAAACUCAGCCAGGGCAGUUUCUGGUCCCAGCUGCGAUCUGGCACUGGGCACUCCAAUCAGCCUCUCAAUCCGCCGUCGCAGGAUCUCUCCAUGGAAGAGAGCAACUAUGACCCUUAUUUUACCCAGACUAACAUUUAUGCCCGACACAGCGUCUCCAUUCAUUAUAGCAAGCCUUGAGGACUUUGCGUUUUGUUAUCUUUCCUUUGUUCAUCGCAUUGACUGGAAUAGCCCCUUGCCAGUCAGGAUAUCAGCCUUUUACAACCCAACUCUGAACAUAAUCAUUUAUAAUUUGUGUAUAAAAGUUCGUUGUCGCGAGACAAAAAAAAACCCAGGAAGGACAUCUCUUGUAUGUACAUAGCCAAUUGAGCC